UUUCGAUGUCUAGCGAGACGAAAAUAAAAAGCCUGCGCGCCGCCGUCGUCUACGGCGGCGCUACUUGUCAAAUGGAUCAGCUGUUUAAUGUCACGAUUGUCAAGUCCAUGAUAUCAGCUGUAAUAAAAGUGAUGCUAAUACGGUAUAUGAGAACUAUAAAACUUACAUUUUCUGAUUAUUUCAUGUAUUUCUUUUAUUUGCAUAUUAAUUGGGGGCAGAGUGCUCAGUGCUUCCCGUGAACGCUACACUAUGGCGGCAAAAUACGCUAACAACUCAGCAAUUCAAAACUUCAUUGAAUACUUGAAGAUACCAAGUGUCCAACCUGACGUCAAUUACGAUGAAUGUGUAAAUUUUCUGAAGAAGCAAGCUGCCUCGCUUGCAUUGCCAAUCAAAGUUUAUGAGGUUGUUCCUCACAAACCUAUAGUAGUCCUGAAAUGGGAGGGCAUAGAACCAAAACUCCCUUCUAUACUUCUAAAUUCGCAUAUGGAUGUUGUACCGGUAUUUGAAAAAAGUUGGACAUAUCCGCCUUUCAGUGGACACAUUGAUGAAGAUGGCAAAAUUUUCGCUCGUGGCUCACAAGAUAUGAAAUGUGUUGGUAUGCAGUACCUUGAAGCCAUUCGGAAGCUAAAACAACGUGGUGUCCAACUGCAGAGAACUGUGUACAUUUGCUUCGUACCUGAUGAAGAAAUUGGAGGUCAUGAUGGUAUGAAGAAAUUUGUACACACAUCAGAUUUUAAAGCACUGAAUGUUGGAUUUGCAUUGGAUGAGGGUAUGGCUAGUCCGAAUGAAGAGUUCAUUAUUUUCAACGGCGAAAGAAGCAUCUGGCAAAUCCAUGUUCACUGCCCAGGUCGGCCUGGCCACGGAAGUUUGUUGCUACCGGAUACAGCAGGAGAAAAGCUAAGAUACGUAAUAAAUAAAUUCAUGGAUUUAAUAGAACAACAAAAGAAAAUAUUGGACAGUGAUUCUAAACUGACCAUUGGAGAUGUUACUACAGUCAACCUGACACAAAUUUACGGGGGUGUACAAUCGAACGUGAUUCCAGAAAAACUGACCGUCGUAUUUGAUAUUCGUUUGGCUGUUACUGUUGACCAUAAUAAGUUCGAGAGUAUGAUCAAACAGUGGUGUAAAGAGGCUGGCGAUGGAGUGACGUACGAAUUUGAGCAGUUUAACGAGAAAGUCGAGUGCACCAAAACAGACAAUACCAAUCCCUACUGGGUUGCCUUCAAAUCGGCUGUAGAUAAUCUGAAUCUUAAACUGGAUCGGCGUAUUUUCCCUGGCGGGACCGACAGUCGGUACGUCCGUCAAGUCGGAAUUCCAGCCAUAGGCUUCUCUCCAAUGAAUAACACUCCUGUUUUGCUGCACGAUCAUGAUGAGUUUUUGGAAGCCGAUGUCUUUCUGCGAGGAAUCGACAUUUACGAAAAAAUAAUAGCAGCUGUUGCUAACGCUUAAAAUAACAAUAAUUUUAAUGACGAAUAGGUAUCUAUUUAAAACACAUGAGCAAAGUUCCAAAAAACUAAAUACAAGUUUAAUGUUGUUAUUUAAAUCAGUAUGUGCCUUUCAAAUUAGAUGUUAAGAGUUACAGUAAUCUAACAAAAAAUGUACAAUUUUAAUAAGAAAUUACUAAGUUUUUUACAAUCGGUGUAAUUGUUCUUGUCACCUUUCUAUUCUUUGUUUUAUUUUACUUGGCUCUACAAGUUGUAGAACCUUAUAUAU